UGCUUCAAUCUUUCUAACUUUCAUUCGCGUUGAUAUUUAUCUUCUGAUGGAUAUUUUGUUUAUUUGAGUGCUUUUGAUAUAAAAUUACGAAUAAUGGGUUAGUGGGUCAUCUUGGGGGCAAGUUAUAUUAGUUAGCAAUGCGUGUUGGUUGCGCUAUUUGUCUAACAAAAGGCCGCAAACUAUGUACACUCGGAGACGCUCUUUGGAUGUUUUUGUAUUCAGUGUUUGAUGGUGAAACUGAACAAAUAUUGAGAAGUGCCCAGGAAAAGUGUAAACAAAUAAUAUGCUGGGAAUGCCGAGCACUUAUUAUCAAAUUCUAUGCUUUUGUGAAAAAAACACACAACACUAUAAGAUGUCUGCAAGAUGGCCUGAAUGAAGAUAUACAGGAAAGUCAGAAAUCUGAAUCAACUUUAUCUAUUAGCGAGCCCGAAGUGUAUGAAGUAGCGAAACCACAAAGCACAGAACAAAUAAAAGAACCAGAAAUAAUUGAAACCAAUCAGGCUGUGGACAAUGGAGACAUCUUCUUAACUGCACCAACUGUCCCUACCCGAGCGAAGAAAAGUGACAUCAAGCAUGAAACUUAUUUUUUACCGACACCUGACAGUGAAGUCGUCAAGGUCAGCGUAGAUGAAGGUUUAGACGAGGAGAUCAAGAAAGAGGUCGACGAUUCUGAUGAUGACCAUUUCCUGAGCUUGAGCGUCGAUCAGUUCGUGAAGCUUGGGGUCGCGAAUGAGCUCGAUAACUCUGGCGAUGCGUCUGACGCUGCAGAAGGUUCUAGAGAAGGCCCUCUUAGGGUGGAAGGGGCUGGUGACCCGAAAGUGAAGAUCAAACGUAAAGCGAAAAAGCCGGCUGAUAAAAAAAAGAUACGCAAGUCCACCACCAAAGUUGCACCUUCAUCCGUCACCCCGAACUGCACAGUCGUCUGGGUGCCUUUCGACCAGGCCCAAUCAUGGUACACUGAAGAGAGAAGGAGAGAGAAGAUCGACCAUCCGGACUACAUCCACGCGUGUGAGGCGUGCGACCGAACAUUCUCGGCUGAAGGAGCUCUGAAGACGCACAUUGAGACGUGUCACGUUGAGGGGCCCGGCUACCAAACAUGCUACCUCUGCUUCUACACGUUCACGAGCCAGCUCAAAUACAAGCGGCACACGGAAGCGCACUUCAUACUGUACAAGUGUAAACUGUGCAGCUAUGAAACUAGGCGGCCAGAGCUCAUGAGCAACCACAAUGGCGCUGAACAUCCGGACCAGGAAGCGACGCACAAGUGCUCGAGAUGCAAGACUCUGUUCCCAACGCAGCCGCUACUAAAGUCGCACAGGAAAUCCUGCUCUCUGUACAAAUGCGAGCAAUGCAACAAGACAUUCAAGUUCAACCCCUCCUACUACGAACACCUCAAGACCCACCAGUCGGUCGGGAAGCCGAUGGCUUACUGCCAAGUCUGUGACACACACUUCAAGAGCGAUAAGUGGUUUAAGCAGCAUGUUUAUAGGAGCCUGAAGCAUGUGUCGAGGGAUUCGUUUAAACACGAGUGCUUGCACUGCGGCCUCCGCCUGGUGUCCGCCAGACGGCUUCGCGAGCACGAGGGCGCGGCGCACCUCAAGGCGGGGUCCUUCCAGUGCCCCGCGUGCCCCAAGUCGUACCCGUCGCGGGGCACGCUGGCCCGCCACACCGCCGUGCACCACCAGGUAAAAGUCGACAAAGAGAAAGACAAGAUUUGCGACGUGUGUGGGAAAAGUUUCACCUCGAACCACCUGCUAAACAACCACAUCCGGUCCCACACCGGCGAGAAGCCUUUCAAGUGCGAGUUCUGCCCCGCAGCCUUCGCGCAGAGCGGCACCCUGUAUACACACAACAAGGUGGUGCAUCUCAAACGGAUCAGCAAGGCCGGACACGCCGACACUGAGAAAUAUCGUUGUGAAGUCUGCGGCAAAGAGUUCGGGACGGAGGCGAAGCGGCGCGCGCACCACGAGUUCUAUCACCUCAAGAACGCUAAAUACUCCUGCGCAGCCUGCGAUAAGAGCUUCAUAUCGUCGACCAGUCUGAAGAACCACAACGCGUCGCGCCACGGGCUCGUGUCUAGCCGCUGCUACUCGUGCAAUGUGUGCGAUAAAACGUUCUCCACGGCGUCAGCGCGGUGCCAACACACCAAAACCCACAGCAGCGAGCGGCUGCUCAAGUGCCGCUCCUGUGACUCCGCAUUCCGCAACACUGGCGCCCUCUAUAUGCAUUACAAACUGAAGCACCUGAAGCUGAAGCGAGACGAGAGGGUCCGGAUCAAGAAUUUGUGUAAGAGCGACGGAGAGAUCAUUGUUAAUAGGUACUAGAAUCAAUGUUCUACAAUGUAUACCUCUAGUGUGAUGUAACUGGUGUUUAAGCCUAGUUCAUGACGUAACACACUGGCGCCCUCUAUAUUCACUACAAGCUGAAGCACCUGAAGAUGACGCGAGACGUGAGGGUCCGGAUCAAGAA